AGCAGAGACGAUAGAAGCAGCUUAACUCUUUCCGUGAACAACAUGAAGCUGGUGAAAUACAUUUUAAUCGUCCAACUGAGCUGUCUUUGUCAAGCUUUCCAAAACUCAUCCACUCGAACAAACCAAACUGAUGUCCAGAUGAAAGCAGAGGGAAAUAAUACAAAAGGAAUAAUGCAAGAGGAAUUCAACAAUGACCCUUAUGUUCACCGCCAUGCUGGUAAAUGCAGCUGGAGUCUCAGGCUGCCUGGGAACAGGAGCAGCGAUGUGGUGGCACUCGUAUCCGACCGCACAGUUGAGUUGGUCGAGCAGAUCUGUCAGGAUCUUGGCUGCGGCGGCAUCUACCAAGUGAAUAAAAUCGGCUCACCUCCCAACACCACUUGCUUUCACGGCUGUUUGUACAAAGAUCGCCGUUUGCAGAACUGUUCGCAGAGUGUUGGAAGUAAAUGCACUGUGAUUGCUGGAGCAGUUUGCGGCCACCAGGCUGUGCGGCUGGCGGGAGGGCCAGACCGCUGCGCUGGAAGGGUGGAGCUGUGGAGAAAUAGCAGAUGGGGCACAGUGUGUGACGACCAGUGGGACCUGCGGGAUGCCGACGUGGCGUGCGCCCAGCUCGGCUGUGGUUACGCCCUCAGUGUGAUGGGACAGGGUGGCUCCUUUCCCCCGGGCAGAGGACCCAUCUACUUGGACGAGCUAAACUGCACGGGCACAGAGGAGAACCUGUGGGCCUGUCCGGCCACACAGGAGGAGCCCGACUGUGGACACAAAGAGGAUGCUGGUGUCAUAUGCUCAGAGAUGAAAGCAAUCAGAUUGACUGGAGGCCUGGACCGCUGCUCUGGUAAACUGGAGGUCCACCGUAAUGGGAGCUGGGGUACGGUGUGCGAUAACUGCUGGAAUAAAGAGAUGGCCGCCAUGGUGUGCUCCAUGCUGCAGUGUGGUACCAAUCCGCAGAAAUUCACCCAGUUUCUCCCUCCUCUCAGCCAUAACAAAGGGACGCUGUGGUUCUAUGAAUGCGGCCAGACGGAGCGGAAUCUGUGGCAGUGCACGGAGUUCAUAAACAAAACACACCUGUGCAGUGACUCAAAAGCAUCUGGUGUCAUCUGUAAUGGUUCCCUCGGGUUUCUUACAGCCACCACAGCUGAUGCAACUGUAACAACCAGUUGGACAACUGGUACAACCGCAGUCACUGUGGAAGCUCUCUUCUCUGUGUCCCCAGAGCUCACCAGCACCAUCACGCUGUCUCUUCUGCUCAUCGUCUUCCUGAUCACAAACACUGUGCUCUGCUGCCAUUACAGGAAAAGACACGCUGUCCUACUCCAGCAGAUGCGCACCAGACCACGGCCUCCCUCUGGACAUAACCACAACAGCUACGAAGGCAAUGUCAAUCUCGUCAAAGUCACCACCAACCAGAUGCCGGCAGAUGUCCCCCACAAUCCCAGGUAUCUUUGGACCCAGCUUAGUAGUGUUGACAGCACGUCGGUAGAUACAGACUAUGAGCAGUAUGAUCCAAGCAAUGAUCCGUCUGUCCUUUUGUCAACUUUUAAGAAUUCUCAACGGUACAGAACUGAAACGAACGCUUUGAUGAGGCCUUCGGGUCUUGACAGCCUCUUUGAGGAGGUCCCUGAACCCAAAAAUGAAGAGAGGGGAGCCUUCACAAGCUAUAACGGUAGCCCCCAAGAUGCUCAGUAUGCCAGAGAGUCGAAGAUCUCGGUGGACUCAUUCGACACCUCCAGCACCUCGUCUGGGGAAUGCUAUGAAAACAUAACCAGCAGCUACAUCGUCGCUCGUGACCCAGGACUGGGCCAGUCGUCUGCUGUCAACGGUACUUUUGAUCCCUCGAGGCUUGUCCACGGCGAUGAUCAACUCAACUCUGGACAAGCAACAAACCUGAGUUACAGUAAAUAUCACUACACAGAUGUUACCUCAACAGAUGUUAACACUUGUGGAAAGGUAAGAUUUAUAAAACGUUUGCUGGUCUUUGUUAUUGUCUGAUCAACAGGUGAUGAAGACAACGGCCCCAUCUACUCCCCAGUGAGCACUGGCUGAGACCCUUCAUCUGAGGAUGACUGUGAUGACCUUGGCACCUGACAGCAGACAGCGGGGGACAUCCCCAGCUGUAAAACCGCACUGAAACAAGACACUGUACAUUUACAUGUACUGUAAGACCAAAUAACUCAGGCUACAUCCUGUAUUAACAUUGUUUCGAUAUAAAUUCAAUGACUAUGAUUCAACGUGUAGUCAAUUGGACUACACGUUGAAACAUAUGGUCAUUAAAAUGUUAUCAAAAUACACAUAAUAAUACUCGCACACAUCACUGAGAUAUCUUAGAAAUGUUCACUCUUUAACUACAUUUAGCCCGGACGACAGCUAGAUUUAUUUCAACAGCAGAUCACCAAAUGAAUGCAUGCUGAGAACAGCAAAUACAGAGCUUCAGUGUACAGUUUCAGAGACUAGAAAAUGGAUUGAGCCACUGCAGGUGAUCCGUUACCAUGAAAAACUUGUUGCAUUUUUUCAAGAAGGGACUUUUCUUGGAAGACUUUUCAUGGAAGGGGGUUCCGUUGAUGUUCAGGCAUCUGACAAUCAGGUGCCAUG